GCCGAUGAAUUUGACUGCGGUAGGUGGCGUUGAGAUGCCUAUCAUUGCUGGCACUACGACAACAACAACAAAACGUACUUUUUACAUUGUUAUCUCACCAAUAGUCCAAUGGUCUACUCAAGCAGCCUCAAUCGAGCGAUCGAAAUUGUGCAAAAAGCCGUCGAGGAUGACUCGAAUAGGAAUUACCCCGAAGCGUUGAAGCGUUACAUGUUAGCUCUAGAAUUCUUCUUGUUGGCAUUGAAAUAUGAGAAGAAUGACAAGGCCAAAGCAAUAAUCCGAGUUAAAGUUGACGAAUAUCUCUCUCGGGCAGAGCUAUUGGAGAAACAUCUUGCAUCGCAAGGUGAAGGGCGAGGCGGAACGUCUGCUAGUGUCGUUGGCUCCGGGGGCAUUGGCGCUCUAGGGAAAAGGAAAAAGAACGACGAGGACGAUCAAGAUAUGGAGGUCAAGAAACUGCGUGCAGGACUUUCUAGCGCCAUUCUUUCUGAGAGACCUAACGUCCAUUGGGAUGAUAUUGCCGGUCUAGAAGGUGCCAAGGAUUCGUUAAAGGAAGCCGUCAUUUUCCCCGUCAAAUUUCCCCAUCUCUUCACCGGUAAACGCACUCCAUGGAAAGGUAUCCUAUUGUAUGGUCCCCCAGGAACUGGAAAGUCAUAUCUCGCCCAGGCGGUCGCCACGGAAGCCAAGAGCACCUUUUUCAGCAUCAGCUCCAGCGAUCUAGUCAGCAAGUGGCAAGGAGAUUCCGAGAGGCUCGUCAAGCAGCUGUUUGAGUUGGCGCGCGAGUCAAAGCCUUCAAUCAUUUUCAUUGAUGAGAUUGAUUCCUUGGCUGGAUCACGAAACGAGGGCGAGUCUGAAGGUUCAAGGCGAAUCAAGACGGAAUUACUGGUGCAGAUGAAUGGCGUUGGGCAAGAUAACACUGGGGUGUUGAUUUUGGGCGCGACAAACAUCCCAUGGCAGUUAGACAGUGCAAUCAAGCGCCGGUUUGAAAAGCGAAUACAUAUCCCUCUUCCUGGUGCCGAUGCACGACGACGGAUGUUCCAACUUCACGUCGGUUCCACACCUUGCGAUCUCACAGCUAAAGACUACCGGAUGUUAGCCGACAGGACUGAGGGUUAUUCCGGUUCUGACAUAUCUGUUGUUGUCCGUGACGCGCUAAUGCAGCCUGUGCGCAAGGUGAUUGCAGCUACACACUUCAAGCGUGUUGAGACAAAGUGGACGCCAUGUUCUCCUGGUAAUCCUGAUGCUGUGGAGAAGACGUGGUCGGAGUUGGAGUCGCACGAACUCCAGGAGCCCCAGCUGAAGCUGAAUGACUUUUUGAAGUCCUUGGAGACAGUGCGGCCUACUGUUAGCGAAGCUGAUAUGCGGCAACACGCCGAGUGGACGAAGGAGUCAGGUAAUGAUGGCGCCUAGUCAAAUAUACAUUGUAUAUUUUAUUCGAUAUAUCACUAAAGGUGGUCUGUGUAUACCCAUUGAAUAUGGUUUGCAAGCAGUACAUGUCGGACAGAGGCUAUCUUACUUGCUGAUCCGUUGGCGCGCUGUUUUGGUCCAUUGAUAUCGCAGUCUCGAGGAACAAAGUCCUCUAUUUGUGAAGGCAAGAAUCGAGAGUUUAAUGCAUGCCUUCCAGUUUGGGGAACAUAAUACAGUAAGCAUCAACACCUAGAAUGUUACAACAUCCUUUCCGCCCAUAUGUGAGUCAACAGUUCACCCGAAAGUGC